CCACGUGAUAGCAGUGGAGGAGCUGAGCUGCGCGCUGAUGAUGGGUCCAGCAGGUUUUGUGAUUGUGAUUGUUUCGUAGGGUUCGUUUCCCUAUCUAGUAUCUUCCUUUGGAGUUUUUAGACAGAGAGAAAAUUGAAGAGGCACAAAUAAAUCCCCUAAAGUCCCCCCUUCUAUUGACAAAACCUACCUUUUUUUAAACAAUGACAGCGGCCAAUUAGCCGGUUCCACCAAUGAGGUGACGGGGCUGCGGCUGGCGGCCCAACCCCCCCCUCGAAAGGCCUCAAAUGGUGGCCUCGGUUGUAAUGGCUUUUCCGUUCCAGUUUUCAGCGUGGUUGUUUUCUGGGCUUUGUUUGUUGAUUAUUUAUAAACAAUAGCAUAUUCGACUACCCGGAUAUGGCAACCGAUUCUAGGAACAGAAGGCCUUGUUCAGAUGGAAAUUUUCAAGUAUUAACAACACCUGAUAGCUCGUCUGAACCAUCAUUUGCUGUAUACCCAAUAGACAAGCCCUUCCUAAAUCCUGACUUAGGCCAAUCCUCUGAAAAGACUGUUGUUGCAUAUUCUGAGAGCAAUAGCAGAGCUGUACUUUCAGCAUUAAGAAAUCUUCAGGAGAAAAUUCGUAGGUUGGAGGUGGAGCGAACACAAGCGGAGGAAAACUUGAAACGGAUGUCCAAAGUUGCAGCUGAGGGCAAAAACAUCUUGGAUAAGAGCCAGCAAAAAGAAGGCAUUGCAGAGCUAGAAGUGGCACAACAUAGUCAAGCAUUGGCAGCACAGUUGUCAGCAGCAGAAUCCCGUUGUAACAUUCUGGAAAAGCAGUUGGAAUAUAUGCGAAAAAUGGUGCAGAAUGCUGAACAGGGGAGAGAGAUGGCAUUGCAGAGACAGGCACCUUUGGAAAAGAAGAACUUGGCGGAACAAUCUGAUCUACAAUCAAAGCUUGAAAAACUUGACUUAAUCGAGCGAGAAUAUCUUAGACUCACAGCAACGCAGACUACAGCAGAGAAGAAAAUUUCUGAAUUGGAACAGAAGUUAAGAGAAGAAGAACAUCAACGAAAACUGAUACAGGAUAAAGCUGCACAGUUGCAGACUGGCCUGGAAAGGAACAGAAUUUUGCUACAAGCAGUGUCGCCAAUGGUCCCAAAACCAAAGAGAGCAAGAAGCAAGAGGAAGCAGCCAGUCAAGAAAUCUUGUCCAAACCAUUCACAUGCGCAGCCUCAUUAUCGCUUCAACUUAAGUGACGUACCAUUUGUUGCAGGAAAAUCUGCAAGUCCAAGCCAUUCUGUCCGUGCAAAUGUUCAGCAUGUCUUGUAUUUGUUGAAGCAGCACAACAAGAUUUUGUGCAAUGAUCGUGUUGUCAGUGACCAGCCAAUGGCUGGGGACAAAAUCUCUCCAGUUUCCGCCACGAUGCCCGACAGUUCUUCUGGAUCUAUCAUUUCCUCCACAUCUCAUGAGGUGCUGUCUGAAUUACUGUUGGCACUGCAAGAUGAGUUUGGACAAAUGAGCUUUGAGCACCAAGAAUUGGUGAGACAAAUUCAUGAAGCAAACUCAAAUGCAGCGAGAAAGGACUUGGAACAAGAAUUAGAAUCACUGGUGAAAAGAAUAGAAGCAAAAGGAGAUCAAAUCAGGAAAGUCCGUAAACACCAGGCAUCGGUAAGGAUGAAAAUUCUUUAAAUAGGUCAGUUCCUA